CAGUGACACACAGAUGAAUGACUGAGAUUGGUAUAGGUGAGUGUACUGGUCACCCUUGAAGACAGUGGUUGAUGAUGUCUAAUAUGACCAGGUGAGAGUCACCUGCCAUCUUCCUCAUUCCUCCCCACCCCCACCCACUGUCUGAGCCCUUGAACAGAAGGGAGCCGCAGCUCUCCCUGCUACCAGAACACACAGCCUUCCACCUCUGGGGUUUUCCUGGCCAUGCUCCAUGCUCCCUGAAGCCUGGGGAAAGGAUCCUCCCAAUGGAGAAAUACCCUGAGUCCCAAGGUUUAUGAGUGGCCACAUCAGUCUCCUAGAAGUCCUACAUCUAGAAAGAUACCUGCAGCAUUGGGUGGCACAUUGCUCUGUUUUUACCCCAGGAAGUCUGAGAGUUGGAUGGGCCUCAACACACCUGGGGUGGGUCAUUAGCACAAACUGGGACUGGAGCAUGUAUUUCCUCUUCAGACACUAUCAGAGCUGUCACAAAAAAACUCAUUGCCCCUGCAUCCUGAGGCCUCUUUAGCUUUGUGAUGAACGGGACACUGGUCACUGAGUUCCUCAUCCUGGGAUUCUCAGAAAUGCCUCAUCUUCAGGUACCACUUUUCCUCAGCUUCCUCUGCCUCUACACAGCUGCCAUCUCAGGAAACCUUCUCAUUAUGGUGACAAUCAGUGCCAGCCCAGCCCUACAUACCCCCAUGUACUUUUUCCUGGUCAACUUGGCUGUGGUGGACAUCCUCUGCACCUCCACCAUCCUGCCCAAGCUACUGGACAGCAUGGUCGGGGGGAGGACCAUCUCUUAUGGGGGCUGCAUGGCCCAGCUCUUUUUCUUCACAUGGUCACUGGGGGCAGAGCUUCUGCUCUUCUCAGCUAUGGCCUAUGACCGCUUUGUGGCCAUCUGCUGUCCCCUGCACUAUAGUGCUUGGAUGGGUCCCAGGGUGUGUGCAUUCCUGGCUGGCCUCGUUUGGGCCAUCAGCUUGACGAACACCAGUGUGCACACAAGCCUGAUGCUGCGUCUACCAUUCUGCAGCUCCAAUGUGAUAGAGCACUUCUUCUGUGAGAUCCCCCCACUGUUGAAGCUCUCCUGUGCUCCCACACAGCUGAAUGAAGCCAUGGCCUUUGCUGCAGAUAUGUUCCUGGCUGUCGGGAACUUCUCUGUGACCAUCCUCUCCUAUGGCUUUAUUGUGGCCAGCAUCUUAAGGAUCCGCUCUGCUGAGGGCAAGCAACGUGCCUUUUCCACCUGCUCCGCCCACCUCAUUGUGGUGACCAUGUACUACUCCACCGUCAUCUACACCUACAUCCGCCCUUCAUCCAGCUACUCACUCAGCAAGGACAAGGUGGUGUCCGUCAUCUACACCUCGGUGGCACCCACCUUGAACCCCCUCAUCUACACUCUGAGGAACAAGGAUGUCAAAGUUGCUCUUAGGAGACUUCUGUCCUGCAGCUGAGCCUGUGCUGGCACCACUGCCUUCAGCUCUGCUCUCCUGGGGGGUCCCAGGUUUGGUAGAAGUCCCUGUUCCUUCUCCUGAGGACACACCUGCCAAACCAGAAGGGGCAACUCUUCAUUUGCUGGGAUUCACUGAGCAGAAGAUCUGGGAUCUCCAUGCGGUGUCCUGUAGGACCAUAGGGUAUCCCAUAUAGUUAUUCACUUCAGUUUUUAAGUGAAUCUCCCAAAGCAUCAAAUGUGAGCAUGACCUUUUCCUAGUUUUCUUGGCUUGCAGUAGUCACAUGAGCCAGGAGCUCUGGGUCGACCCUGUUUUGUACAUCUGUUCUUCUUUAACCCCCAAAGGCUACUCAGCCUUGAUUGUGGCUGGCAUGUAGGUAGGUGAUUUGAGAAUGUAAAGGGGCUUGGAGGCUUUAGAAUAAUUGUCCUGUCUUGUAAGUGAAAUAUCUAAAAAAAAAAAAAAUUACUUCCUUCCACUUUUUAGUACCUUUGACAGAGAAUUUUUGAGGCAGGCUUUUGUCAUGCUGUCAGCAUGCUGUGACAUUGUGUGAUGAGAGAAGGCCCACCUUUGCCUUCCAUCCUGUCCAAUGUGAACCACCAAUGCUAGUCAGCAGCUUCCCUGUCAACACUACCACUCACCCAGGAGGGUUCCUGCAACAGACAGUUUGCUAGCAGCAAGAGGUUCAUGGAGUCCUGAGCCUUAUCAUUCCUACUGCGGAGAAAUCUAGCAGGCCUGGUGUAAGCUUGGGAGCUUGUUGGUUUGGAGGGUGUGCCCAGAAAGGGAACUAUGGGAGGGAAUACAGCUGUUGUCCUUCAGGGGCUGCUGACUUUGGGAGCAAAUCCAGAGACCUUUGAUGCCCCACCCAAAUCUUCACUUCUGGCCUGGGCUGUCUCAAGGUCAUGGACUAACUCUGGUGGCCUUUUGACCCCUCUGUCUGCUCCUGGUUGACCUGUGUUCCUUCCAAUGUUUGGUUUUCAUUUCUCCUUUCAAUGCUGAUUCAAUUAAUUAGUUAAUUUUUGAAAAUUUAUUUCCAAGCUGACAUAUGUGUAUAGUAUUUUUAUCAUUUCCGCUCCUCCUUUCAACCCUUCCUAUGUCCUCCUACUUCCUUUCAACUUCAU